UUCCCUUAAAAUGCUUAACCCAAAAAACACCAACUUGAUAAUGCCUUCAAAUUUUCUUUCACUUAUUCUGCUUCUAACCGUACAUGCUUCCUGGGCAUCAUCUUCUUCAAUCCAACAGGAAUUCCUUCAAUGCUUUCACAAAAACAUAGGUUCCAAUGGCCCAUUUCCCCCAUCAUGUUAUACCUCAACAAACUCUUCCUUCUCAAUCAUCCUCCAAUCCACAGCACAAAACCUUAGGUAUCUGAUGCCUUCUGUCAGAAAACCCGAAAUAAUUAUAAUGCCAACUGAUGAAUCCCACAUCCAAGCUGCUGUUAUAUGUGCUAAAAAGGUUGGUAUUCAGCUAAGAGUUCGUAGUGGGGGGCAUGAUUAUGAAGGAGUCUCAUAUGCAUCCGAGAUGAAUGAUCCCUUUGUUAUCCUCGAUAUGGCUAAACUCCGAAUGGUUACAAUUAACAUCGAAGAUAGCAGUGCGUGGGUGCAAGCUGGUGCAACAAUAGGCGAACUCUACUACCGGAUAUCGGUGGAGAGCAGAGUUCAUGGUUACCCUGCAGGAUUGUGCACAAGCUUAGGUGUGGGAGGUCACAUCACAGGGGGAGCUUAUGGUCCAUUAAUGAGAAAGUAUGGGCUUGGUGUUGACAAUGUUCUUGAUGUUCAAAUGGUCGAUGCCAAUGGUCAGGUGCUCGAUCGAGAGUUGAUGGGGGAGGAUCUGUUUUGGGCUCUUAGAGGGGGUGGGGGUGGGAAUUUUGGGAUCAUUUUAGCAUGGAAAGUUAAGUUAGUCCCUGUACCAGAAAAAGUAACAGUUUUUACGGUUCCAAAGACCUUGGAGCAAAACUUAACACAGAUUUUAUGUAAGUGGCAACAAAUUGCUGAUAAUAUAGAUGAAAAUCUGUUUAUCAGAGCUAUAAUACGAAGUGUUAAGACCCCAAAAGGGGACAAGUCUGUGCUUGGUCUUUUUCAAGCCUUGUAUCUUGGACGAGCUGAUGAUCUGCUCGAAGUAAUGCAGCGCGAUUUCCCUGAACUCGGGUUGCAAAAGAAGGACACUUCUGAAGUUAGUUGGAUAGAGUCAGUCCUAUAUAUUGCAAACUACCCUUCUGGAACCCAACCUGAAGUCCUACUAGAAGGCAAGCCAACAUUCACAAACUAUUUUAAGGCAAAAUCGGACUAUGUUAAGGUAGCGAUACCAGAAACCGGACUUGAAGGAAUAUGGAAAAGGUAUGCAGAAGACGAAAAUGCUCUAAUGAUCUUUACGCCUUAUGGUGGGAAGAUGAGUAAGAUACCCGAGUCAGAGACCCCAUUUCCUCACCGAAAGGGGAUCAAAUUCAAGAUACAGUAUGUGAUAACAUGGGUAGAUGGGGAAAGAAGUGAACACAGGCAUAUGGAAUGGGUUAGGAAGCUAUAUAACUAUAUGACUCCUUACGUAUCAAUGUUUCCUAGGGAAGCAUAUGUGAAUUAUAAGGAUCUGGAUUUGGGUAUCAAUACAGAUGACAAUGCUAGCUUUAUACAGGCAGGUGCUUGGGCUAAUAUGUACUAUAAGGAUAAUUAUAAUAGGUUGGUUAAAAUUAAGACGAAAUUCGACCCAGAAAACUUGUUUAGGCAUGAGCAGAGCAUCCCACCUCUGCCAAUUAUGGAGAAGAAAAAAAGUUUUGAUUGGGAAACUUCUGAUGAUAAGGUGUAACUAACUUGAAAGUUCAAACCUUAUGCUGUUUUUUAAAGCUUGUUUUGUAGGUUUUGCUUAUGGUAUGUACACAACACAAAAAGGAGUUGGGGAAAAUGUAUCAUGUAAAAUAUAUAUCUUUUUAUUUGCUAUAUUAGUCGGCCAUAUUUAAUUUGCCUCAUU